AGAACCAGCUACCCAAGGCUGCUUCUCUAACCUUAAGGUAAUGGCUGCCUCAUUAUUGCAUAUAUUCUAAUAAUCUGCCGGUGGAAAUGAUGCAUAGCGUAGCCUACUUGCUACAGUCUGUCAUGUGUCCAGCUUCAUUUGUUCAGAUCACAUUAUUGCAACAUUAAAGUCAAUGAGAUCCUGCAAUGUACAGUGUGACUGAAUGCUGUGUUAAUUUUUAAAGGCUGCUGUGAAUGGGCGAGGAAUCCUGGGAACGCGCCGCUAUGUGCCACAUGCCUCCUGUUUCUAAUUCUGGCCCAGGUCCAGGUCAGUGUUCUCCUGAUGAGACGAGACUGGUAAAGAAUCUGUUUAAAGGUUAUAACAAGGUGGUCCGGCCUGUCAGCCAUUUCAGCGACGCUGUGGUGGUGACUGUCGGGCUGCAGCUCAUUCAGCUCAUCAGUGUGGAUGAAGUUAAUCAGAUCGUCACCAGUAACGUGCGUGUCAAGCAGCAAUGGAAGGACGUGAACCUGAACUGGAAUCCAAACGAAUACGGAGGAAUCAAGAAGAUUCGAAUUCCCUCCUCCGAUAUCUGGAAACCAGAUUUAGUGCUUUAUAACAAUGCUGAUGGAGACUUCGCCAUCGUGCACGAGACAAAAGUCUUGCUGGAACACACUGGGUCGAUCACGUGGAAUCCUCCAGCCAUCUUUAAGAGCUACUGUGAGAUUGUUGUAGUUUACUUCCCUUUUGACCUGCAGAACUGCAGCAUGAAGCUCGGGAUAUGGACCUACGACGGCAAUCUGGUUGUCAUCAACCCGGACAACGACCGUCCAGACCUUAGUAACUUCAUGGAGAGCGGCGAGUGGGUGAUGAAGGACUACCAGAGCUGGAAACACUUGGUUUAUUAUGCGUGUUGCCCAGAGACACCGUAUCUGGACAUCACCUAUCACUUCCUGAUGCUGAGAUUGCCACUGUACUUCAUCGUGAACGUCAUCAUCCCCUGUAUGCUCUUCUCCUUCCUCACUGGCCUCGUCUUCUACCUGCCCACCGACUCCGGUGAGAAGAUGACCCUCAGUAUCUCUGUCCUGUUGUCUCUCACUGUGUUCCUCCUGGUGAUCGUCGAGCUGAUCCCGUCCACCUCCAGCGCUGUCCCGCUCAUCGGCAAAUACAUGCUCUUCACCAUGAUCCUCGUCAUUGCCUCCAUCAUCAUCACCGUCAUCGUCAUCAACACGCACCACCGCUCACCCAGCACACAUACCAUGCCUCCCUGGGUCCGCAAGAUCUUCAUCGAUACCAUUCCGAACUUCAUGUUCUUCUCCUCCAUGAAGCAGCCGUCUCAGGAGCGGAAGGGCAGGCAACCUUUUCCUGCCGACUUUGACAUCUCUGAUAUCUCUGGAAAACCCAUGCCCACUUCCGUCACGUUUCAUUCGCCCAUCAUCAAGAACCCGGACGUGCAGAGCGCCAUUGAGGGUGUCAAAUACAUCGCCGAGACCAUGAGGGGUGACGAAGAAUCCAACAAUGCUAUUGAGGAGUGGAAGUUCGUGGCCAUGGUGCUGGAUCACAUUCUGCUCUGCUUAUUCAUGGUCGUGUGUAUCAUCGGGACAAUAGGAGUCUUCGCCGGACGCCUCAUAGAACUCAACAUGUUGUAAGCAGGAAAUUGACUGGAGACCUGAAAUGAAGCUAGGGGUUGGAGUUCAGCACCAGCUCCAUCAUAUAGCUUUCUAGCAACCAAGUCAACUCUGAUUGGAUGCUCAAGGCGCCCUGAGCAUAGUUUACUGCUGAAAGCUCACCCAAUCUUGUCCGAGUCAUAAUAAUUUUCUUCAACGGACACGUUUAAAGGAAAAAAAUCCACCCUGAAUGACGUGAAUGACAUGAUCUUUAAUUUCAUCCAAGGUCUAGUUUGUAAUGACAGUCGUGAGAAGAGUUGAGGUUUCUGAGUUGUAGUUGAAACUCCUUUCAUCGACAUUUUAGUCAAGCCCUCACUUUAUUUUUACCCACAGUGAUGCAGCGGUGCUUUAUUGCUGUCAACUCCUGACAGCCAUCAUCUCGUUGAUCACAAACUAGCCGUAUUCAGUUUCGGUCAGAAGUUUACAUACAGUGACAUGAAUGUCAUCUUGGAUAUGAAU